AUGUUCACACUCACGGAUAAACCUACCACACGCCCGAAUCAUGAUGCUGAUCAUGAGAGGCAACUUACUUGCGAGCCUCUAGCAAUCUCAUGGUUCAAUAAUCAUCAUCAUCAAUUAUUAUUAUCACAAUGUAAAUAUUUAAAAUUGAAGGAAGAUCGUAUUACUGUAUAUUCGGACAGCACUCUCUCACGAGUGGUUGAACUGUAUAUUGUUCGGAAGAGACUUGGACGUGGGGCGGGUGGUAGUGUUUUCAUGUGUGAGCAGUUACAACAAGGUGAGGAGAAGGAAAAUGUGCAACAUCAUCACGGCAAGAUAAUUGCCCUUAAAAGUGUACUUGUUGAGGAUGAGGCUUGUUUGGAGAAUGCAGUUGAGGAAUAUUCUCUUCUCGUAAAGAUGAAUCAAAACGGAAGAGGACAUGAUUUUAGAAUCACUCCUGUUUAUGACAUUUAUAUAGAUAUUCAACAAGAAUUUAAUGUUUAUGUCAUGUACUUUUCCAUGCCAGUUUAUAAGAAUGAUUUGGAAAAAUUCAUCAAAUCUCCUUUAAACAGAAAAACUCAGUGUGAUGUUAAUUGUUCAUCCUCAAGGGAGGUUGGUUUGGAAGGAACGAUCCAUCAAGGAGUGCCAACAAAAUUUCAAGUUGCUCUUUCUGUGGCAACAAAUAUUUCAAAAGCACUUUCUCACAUUCACAAGAAUAAUAUUGUUCAUAGAGACAUUAAGCUAGCAAAUAUUCUAAUUGAGGAUGUUCACAGUGAUGGCCUGUCUGUUGUUUUGGCAGACUUUGGUCUCAGCAAAGAAAUAGAGGAAUCGUCAAGACAUUCCAAGGUUGGAACCCUCACUUAUUUAUCUCCAGAGGUUCUUUCCGGUCAAGAAUAUGGAUUUAGAGUCGACUGUUUUGCCUUGGGAGUAGUUCUGUACCAAAUACUGACAUUGGACUUUACAAAAAGAAUAGCCUGGGAUUUACUUCAACAUUCCGAACAACAAGUGAGAGACGAUCUCAAGAGCAAAAUGGUUUUCUCUCUCUCCAAUAAGGAGGUGGAUUUUAUCGAUCUCGUUCUAGAAAUGCUUCACAAAGAUCCUCACAAAAGAAUACACUCCACAGCAAUUUACCAUUUCUGCCUAAUGAAGAAAACCAAAUCAAGGAAAAUGCAAAUCAACCAAGUAACGUUGGAAAAGAACACAAUCCAGCCACUUCCUCCUCCCAGAAAUCAUCUCUCCGAAGCACAACAAAAGAUUCUCGUAACAAUGAGACAGCAAUUAGCUCAAAUAGACAGUGAGAAGACGCUUGAAAAACCACAACCUGAGAGUGAGGAACUUUUUACUAGAUACCAGAGCCUUGCUGACUUGUACUCAAUGGAGUCUGAACAUUCAACAAAGGAAAACAAAGAAAUGAGGAGAAGAUCAAAAUCAUUCGUCCAAGCCUCACAACGUACAGAGCUUGUCAUACACGUUUAUCCACACACUUUUGCAUCGUCUUUCAAGAGAUUAUUUACAAAGAGUGAAGAGAAGAGGUUUAACUCUAUUGAGGCAGCGCUAAUUUACGCCAAGAAGCAACCUUCCUCAGUGCAUGUGAUUAUUUAUUUGCAUCCAGGUGUUCAUAAACAUCGUCAGGCCGAUCUGAACAUUGAACGAGAAAAUUUAACCAUUGAAGGCGUGGAAGAAGGUGAUGAGGAAGCUGUGUUACAAGCUGAGCGAAUAACAAUUUUACAUAAUGCAGAAAUAAGGAAAAUGAAUUUUGUUGGAAGAAAACUGACCAAAGGAAGUCUACUGACAAAACCAAUUAUUAUUGAAAUUGAUCAAUGUCAACCAAGGAUUGUUAACUGUAAAAUUAAGGGACGCAUACAUGCCAUUGGACGAUCGAGUCGAAUAUCGCCAAUGAUUGAAGAGAAUGAGAUAUUUGGCAAUUGUCAAGCUCCAGGCAAUGAUGCUGUUGGGAGUGCUCUCUAUUUCGAAGGAUGCUGCCCGCAAAUAUUGAGCAACAAGGUUCAUGACAAUGAAGUGCAAGCCAACUCUUUUUUUGACAAUGGUGCAUGUAUUCUCAUUGCUAAUAGCAUUGGAAGUAUUAAUGGAAACGAGUUUAAAAACUGCAAGAAAGGAAUAGCGAUCAAAGAUUCAAACAUCGAUUUCCAUGAGAACGAACUAACAGGAAUGAAAGAAUGGUGUGUAGCCGCAAAGAGUCAUCGCUUCAGCGCUCUCUCUGCUUCUAUUUCUGUUCGAUUUGCUGAUAACAUGCAUGCACUGAUCAUGCAGGAUAAUUUGAUUUCACGAAACAUGGGAGGAGGGGUUAUCGUCAUGAACGACACCGAACACAUCAAUAAUUGCACAACAAAUGAAAUUCAUAUUACCAACAAUCGAUUUAUGAAAAAUGGGGCGUUUUGUAUGAAAGCAACGAACAUUCCAAAGCUCAAUAUCAAAAAGAACAUUUUUACUGACAGCUUGGAAUUUGCAAUUGUUUUGGAUCAAUGUGCAGGUGUUAUUGAGGACAAUGUUUUUUCUGACCAUUUAUUUGCUUCCGCCAUUAAGAUUAAAAAGUCCACAUUCCUGGUGGUGUCUGUUUGCGAUAACAGAUUUUCUCACAACACUUGUUUCGAUGUUUCUCUAAGCAACGAGUGCUGUCAUAAAUCUGUUGAAAUUCAAGGCAACCACUUCUCUGGCACUUUACAGCAAUCUAUUGAUACAGACCUUGAACGACUUGCAUUACCUCAAAUCCAACAAGACAAUACGUUCAAUGAGGAAAUCAAAGCAUGA